AUGAGCAGCGAACUAGGUCAGUUCAUUGAAAGUUUCCAGUCGGUGAUUGGUCAAAUCAGUACGCGAAAAAACAGGUUUGUUAACAAGACGCACCUCGGGAGGUUAAACUCACACCUCAACGAACUCGGUGUACACACUUGUGUGACGGUUGCUGAAAUUGGGAAAAUAAGAACCUGCUUGGAGGAAUUGUUUCAAAACAUCAAUGCUGACGAGUACUACGAGGAUAAACUCGGCUGGUUUUUGAUCAACUUGUACUUGAGUCCAUUUAUAAGGCAGAACUUUAUCGGCAUUGUCAAAUUUUUCUGGCCGUUGCUUUUCAAAAUCCUGGUUUGUGUAGAAGACGCCGUAGUGUUGCACAAGUUGGUUGAUGACGCUUUAAACAAUAGUCCCUCGGUGAGCUGGCUUAGCUCGAAACUAUUGACCAUCAUCGUGGACGAGCCGUAUAUAUAUGCAGUGGUGAAGGGUGUGAUUAACAAGCGAGAGAAUGUGGUCAAGUUUCAACAGCUCAUCCAUUUGAACCGAGACUUUUCAACUUUGAUCAACUUGAUCAAGUUGUUUGUGGCGUUGAAUUUGGAACUGGUUUUUUUACCCAACUUUUCCACGUCGUACCUGCGCUAUAUCCAGUCAUUUAAUCCCAACUUCAAGAAUCUCAUCCCCUGCGCGAUUACGGCCAACACUGCUAAUCUUGCGGGCCCCAACUGCCACAUCCAGCCGAUAGAGAGGCAUGUGUUUAACUUGUGGAUUCUGGACGAAAAGGAAAAGUUGUCUUGCCACCACAUCAAUUUGGCGGUGUUUGACUCGUAUCAAACCUUUCCCAAUAGCGAAGUGUGGCUCCAUUUCCUGUGCAGCAGCAUCAGGCAAACACGCUCGAGCCAGCUCACAAUGAAGGACGCCCUCAAAUCGUUUUCUGCGGUUAAAGCCGACGGCUCCAAGUGGCUAAACUUGACAUUGGAAGUGCAGGUUAAAGAUGUGGUGCAUUACAACUGGUUGAUCAAUUACUUGAGCUCGCUCAGGAACCGCAAAAUAUCAAUCAACUUGCGGGAGGAGCAUCUGUUGCAAACGCUGAUCCCAUCAAAGUGCAAAGCCGAUAGUGAGCUGUUGAGAUCUCAAAUGCAAAUGAAACAGUACUCGAGAAAAGCAAAGCCGAAAAACGCUCAUCUGACUUCUGCUGCUGGUGGCGGUAGCAGCAUUGGAGAUGAUAGUAGUCUGUGUGCAGCCGCCGCCUCACCCAUGCAAGCAAAGAGAGCACGAGGAGGUAGCCCUGCUGCUGCGGUAAACGCUCCAAAUGCGAGCUCGAGCUUUAGCUUUAGCCUAGGCCCUGGCUCCCUCAAGAGGAAACGACGAGCUACAUCAAUCCUUUCUGAAAAUGACUAUAUCGAGGGCAAUGGGCUGUCUCAAAUCAUUAUAGCUCCGGCAACGCGCGUGUCCAGAGUCGUUGAAACCCAACAAGCUCAUGAAUAUAGGCAGAGUUCAAAUGAGGAAGUAGAGGGGUUACCAAUAGAUCCUCCGAAAACGCGUAAAACAAAAAAUCUCGACACUCAAGUUCAAGUUUCUGCUGCAAGUUCUUCUUCUGAUGAGACUAUUGAACAAACUGAAAAGAAUGAAAUGUCGGGGAGAGUUGUUCCCACCCCCAAUCCAGAAGUUCCAAACUCUCCCGAGUUUCGCACUUCCACCCCGGUUGAGGCCAACUUCACUGCACUUCCAAACACCACAGACAAGACAUCGCAAUUUGAUACCUCAACGGUGUCGAACCACCACGACCUCAUGCGUGAGAGCCUCAGGCUAUUCUCGUCGAAUUUGAUGAACAAGCUAAAGUAUGUUGAAUUCAAAACCCUUGAGAAACGCAACGAGUUGCAAAGCGAAAUGGACAGGGAGUUUGAACGGAUUGAAGCGAAGCAUCGAGCUAAGUUAAAAGAGAUUCAAGAAUUUUGCAAAGACGAAUUGAAUAAAAUAAUUUAA